AUGCGGGUCGCAGUAGUUCUGCUAGCGACGUGUGCCACCCUUGGGUCGGCAUACUUCAAUACCCAUCAGUGGGCCGACCGAAGCUGUAUCGUCCACCUGUUCGAGUGGAAGUGGGAUGACAUCGCGAACGAGUGCGAGAACUUCCUUGCACCGCGAGGAUAUGCGGGCGUGCAGGUGUCGCCCCCGACAGAGAACGCCGUCAUCGGAGGAAGCUUCGGGCGACCAUGGUGGGAACGCUACCAGCCAAUGUCAUACGGCUUGACCACCCGCUCGGGCAACGAGGCUCAGUUCGCGGACAUGGUUCGACGUUGUAACGCGGUCGGUGUACGCAUCUACGUCGAUAUAGUCUUCAACCACAUGGCCGACCUGGUGGGAGGCGGCGGAACUGGUGGUAGCACGGCCAACCGGCAAACCUUCUCGUACCCGGGCGUACCGUUCAGUCAGCUGGACUUCAAUUCGCCGUGCAUCAUCACGAACUACCAGGAUCCGAUCAUGGUCCGCAAUUGUCAGCUAGCGGCCCUUCCCGAUCUGAACCAAGGAGUGCCAUGGGUGCGUGAGAAAAUUGUGGAGAUGUUGAACAAGCUCAUCUCGUUUGGUGUCGCCGGUUUCCGCGUGGACGCCGUCAAGCAUAUGUGGCCCGGAGACCUGCAGGCCAUCUACAGCCGUAUGGACAAUCUGCCGACGGCGCACGGAUUCCCGGCCGGUGCGCGCCCCUUCCUCACGCAGGAAGUCAUCGAUCUGGGAGGCGAGGCCGUGACACGUGACGAGUACACGCACCUCGGUACGGUGACGGAGUUCCGCCACUCGUCCGAGAUCGGUCGCGUCUUCCGUGGACGCAACCCGUUCCGUCACCUAACGAACUGGGGAACGGGCUGGGGCUUCCUGCCGUCGCAUCUGGCCCUGGUGUUCGUUGAUAACCACGACAACCAGCGCGGACACGGUGCCGGCGGUGCCGAGGUCCUCACGUACAAGGUUCCGCGAAACUACAAGAUGGCCACGGCGUUCAUGCUGGCCCACCCGUUCGGUAUUGUGCGCGUCAUGAGCUCGUUCUCGUUCACCGACAGUGAGCGAGGACCGCCGCAGGACGCCAACGAGAACUUGAUCUCGCCGACCUUCAACGCGGACAACUCCUGUGGAGGUGGCUGGGUGUGCGAGCACCGGUGGCGUCAGAUCUACAACAUGAUCGGCUUCCGCAAUGCCGUCGCCGGCACGCAGAUCAACGACUGGUGGGACAACGGCAACUACCAGAUGGCGUUCUGCCGUGGUGGACGCGGUUUCAUCGCCUUCAACCUUGAGUCGUUCGAUCUGAACCAGAACCUGCAGACGUGCCUGCCGCCCGGUACCUACUGUGACGUUAUCUCGGGUGACCUGGUGAACGGGGCUUGCACCGGAAACACCGUCACGGUCGGAGGCGAUGGACGCGCUCAGAUUGUUCUUCCGGCCAACGCGUACGACGGUGUUCUGGCCAUUCACGCCAACGCACGCGUGUGA